AUAUUGCAUUUUUUGGGUGUAUUUCCUUAUCCCCUUUCCCAAAACCCUGUGUGUGUUUCGCUACGAUAAACCUCACCACCGUCACCGGUAGCAGUCGUAGGGAGGAGAAGGAGAAGGCGGAGAAGGGAGACACAAAACAACACCGAUGUCAAGUUCAAAGCUGGCACUGUACGGCAUCGGAACCGCACUGUUCCGAACCUCUCGAACCAUAACUACCAACUCUCCAUUUCUCUCCUUCAAACCCAUCCUCCCAUUCCCACCACUCCACUUCCACCGCCGCACUUGCUUCUCCGCCACCGCCACCACCACCACCGAAGAAAUCACACCCUCCGCCGCCUCCUCCGACCAACUCCAUCCCUGGCCCGAAUGGGUCUCCUUCAUCGACCGCUUGAACACCAAAGGUUACUUCACCAAACCCCGUCCUUCCGAUGGCACUGUUUACGUCAACGUCAACCUCUUGAAGGACGCUUGUCUCAGCUUUGGACGUGACCGUUACGACAUUUUCAAAUUGCUGCCAGUGGAAGAUAUUCAAGCAAUUGUGGAGGGAGGGUGCCCUAAUCUUCUCCGUAAAGCUGUUAAUUCAGCUAAAAGGCUGAGAGCUCACCUGAAAUUAGAGGAAGCCGAUGUUUGUAGUGCUUGUAGUCUCCGAGGUUCUUGUGAUAGAGCUUAUGUGACUCUAAAUGAAUUUGAAGCUGAUGCUCGAACUGUGGAUAUAGUACGAAUACUAUUGUUCUACGCGAUAGAUCCACUUGUUUUUAACGGAGGAGAGAAACAGCCAGGCCGAGAAGUUAUUGACUCCUCUGUAAGAAAACUUCUGUCUCAGCUGAUUGAGCUGAGCGAGACGUCCACUGCUCCUCCUCCUGCUCCUGCUCCUGUUCGUUCAAAGCGCACUGCACAGGAGGCUGUGGCAAAAGGGCAACUAAAUUCAAUGACUAAUAAGGUGCAUAAAGAUGUUGAGAUGAAGUCAGGUGACUGGAUGUGUACAAAAUGCAACUUUAUGAACUUCAGUAGGAAUAUGCAGUGCCUAAAUUGUAAAGACGAUAGGCCUAAGAAUAGUGACCUUUCUGGUGUUGAAAUGAAGCAAGGCGAUUGGAUCUGUCCUGAAUGUAAUUUUUUAAAUUUUUCCAGAAACAAACAGUGUCUAAAAUGCAAAACAGAGGGGCCAGAGAGGGUCAAUUUAGGCGUAGUUGAAAUGAAAAAAGGAGAUUGGACUUGCCCAAAGUGUGAGUUCAAGAACUAUGCCAGUAAUGUUAAGUGUUUGCGUUGCCCCGAGCCAAGACCCAAGAAAAAUGCUGGCGAUUGGAAUUGUCCCAAGUGUCAAUUCAUGAAUUUUGCUAGUAAUGUGAAGUGCAAACGUUGUCUGGAGCCAAACCAAAACCAAAAUCCCAAGAAAUAUCCUGGGGAUUGGAAUUGUCCAAAAUGUGAUUUCUACAAUUACACUAAAAAUAUGGCUUGCCUGAAGUGCAAUACUAAGCGGCCCAAAGAACAACCAAGUGGUGAGUAUGAGGAGAAUAUAUGGAGAAGGUAAAACUGAUUGGGGAAAAAAGCCUUUUUGGGGAUGUCACGGUUGUGGCCUUGUCUGUUACAGAGUUUUGUCAUAAAUGCAUUCUCUGUCCAUUUUUAUUUUCUUAAUCUUUUCAUAAUGUGGAGAAAACAACUUCACCUCCGGAAAUUGCUACUUAAUCAUUAUAGUUAUAUUCUAAGUUAUUUGAUUGCA